UUACGAGUCUAAUAGACCUCUGUUGUGGAGUGCGCGCGCGCGCGUCUUUUUUCCCUUUGAGUCUGUGUGUGUGUGCGCGUUCUUUCGUACGCCAGCAUCAGUUUAGUGUGUGUGUGUGUGUCUUAGUCUUUUUCUUCGUGAGUGUGCGCGCGCUCUCGUGCGUCAGCAUCAGGUCAGUCUCGUGCGUGUGCGUGUGUGUGUGAGUGUUUUUCCGCAUCAGGUCUUCAUGAUCAUCACUGUGGGAAUAUAGAAAUCCUCUUUAUAAACUUUAUUUGUGGAUUAAACGGAGCUGCAGAAGCGAUGCAACAGCAGCAGCCCAGCGCAGACCCCGCCGAUGUGUUCAUGAAGCGUCGGCGGACGGCCCUCUGGUGCUCCGUGUCUUUGUUUGCUCUUUCUGUGCUGGUUCUGGUGAUCGGGCUGCUGUCGGCCACACACACUGAUAAUGUGGCCGUUUCUGGAUAUUAUCCUGGCAUUAUACUGAGUUUUGGAUCGUUCCUCAGUGUGGUUGGUCUGAAUCUGGUGGAGAACCGCAGGCCGAUGCUGGUGGCCUCCAUCAUCUUCAUCAGUCUCGGGGUGGUGUCGUGUUUUCUCUGCUCCAUCAUUGACGGCAUCAUCGCUGCUGAAUUCAUUGUGAGUCUUAUUGUGUGUUCUUGUGUGUACUUGUGUACUUUUCUUUGUGUGUGUGUGUGUGUGUGUGUGUGUGCAUGUGGUGUUUAUUGUGUUUGUUGA